AUGGCUGCAGCAGCGGUUUACGAAGGCGCAGAAGUCGGGUUUGGAAGAGACCCAGGAGCAGAUUCACAAGAUGAGAAUCACAUGCUGAGACCAAUUUUCAAAAGAAUGGGGCAGAAGUAUACAUAUGGCUUGGCUGUUGUCGUUCUUUCAUUAAGGGUUGAUUUUGUGCAUUCGGAGGCAUAUAAGGUGCUUGGUGGGAUUAAUUUGAAGAUCAACCAGGUUAGGAAUGUAGAUAUUACAGUGCUCUUCUGGGUAUUGCUGCUAUAUGAGUUGCAGAUAAUUGCAUUUUGUAAAGUUGAAGUCGGAUUCCAAAUCUUUUCAUAA